AUGCCCCUCAUGACAGUCGCCAUAACAUGUCACGAUCCGAUGCCCGACAGAAUCGCGGGUCCCUUCAUGCGAGCGUUUCUCCCGGCUCUACGGCAAUGGGGCGCGCCGCUGCACGAUGUCGGACUGGACUGGCGCAAGACCCCGGAUGGCCAGGUUUUCUCAGUCUACAUGGACCGCGCCAACGCUGAAACGUGUAUAGCCGUCGGGAACAACUUUAUGAACUGGCUCCAGGGCACGCCCUUCGCGCACUACAAGGAAUGGUCAUGGACGUACUUUCCCACCGAGCAGGCCGCCACGAGACUCAUGACCUUCACUUGGCAUUAG